GAUGGAAGCUCUUCGAAGGGCAAAGGAAAAGCGGUUAUGAAGCCUGCUCAAGGAGAUGGCAGAGAACCUCAAACAAAAAAUGCUGCUCGGAGAAAAGCAGCUUUGGAUAAGGAUACAGAGGUGAAACCUGUUAACGGGGACUCUUCUUCAGAGGAUGACGAGCUGGAUAUUUCUCCCGUUGAACUUGAUGAUGCUUUGGUGAUUGAGGACGAUAUGUCUGACGAAGAUGACCAUGAUGAUAUGCUGAGGGAUGAUUCUCUUCCUGUCUGCUUGCAAGAUGAAGUGCAUGAUGUUAAAUUGGUGGAUUCCUCGGAGGAUAGUCCUCUUGCACAGACCCCAAGUGAUAGCCAUACAAAUGCUGGUGGUGGUUCUAGGAGCAGAACCUCCGCUGGGGGAUCUGAUUCCAUUGAGUUCAGGAGUAGGAAUUCCUACAGUUCACGGGGUGCAAUGUCAUUUGCUGCUGCUGCCAUGGCGGGACUUUCAUCUGCUAGUGGUCGAGGUGUGAGGGACGCUAGAGAUCAGCACGGGCGCCCUCUAUUUGGCUCUGGUGAUCCACCAAAACUAAUAUUUUCUGUUGGUGGAAAGCUGCUUAAUAGGCACUUGACUGUCUACCAGGCUAUCCAGCGGCAGCUUGUUCUAGACGAGGAUGAUGAUGAGAGAGAUGAUGGCAAUGAUUUUGCAUCCAGUGACGGAAGUAGGGUUUGGAGUGAUAUUUACACUAUCACAUACCAAAGGGCAGAGAGCCAAGUUGAGAGGUUGAUGAAUGGGGCUGGGAGCUUAAUUUCUUCCAAGUCUACGAAAGCCAGUUCUUUGGAAAGUUCCAGUGUUGAUCCCUCCUUGCUUCAAGCAUCAUUGUUAGAUAGUAUAUUGCAGGGAGAACUUCCUUGUGAUCUGGAGAAAAGUAACCCUACUUACAGUAUUUUAUACCUAUUACGUGUAUUGGAGGCGCUGAAUCAGCUUGCCCCCCGUUUGCGAGUCCUUUCACUGAUUGAUGAUUACGCUGAAGGAAAAGUUUCUAGUUUAGAUGAGGUCAAUACUACGGUUGUCAAAAUUCCUUAUGAGGAAUUUGUCAAUAGUAAGCUCACUCCGAAAUUGGCACGACAGAUCCAGGAUGCUCUUGCACUUUGUAGUGGGUCUCUCCCAUCUUGGUGUUACCAGUUGACAAAGGCCUGUCCAUUUCUUUUUCCAUUUGAGACUCGGCGCCAGUUCUUCUAUUCAACUGCUUUUGGGUUGUCACGCGCUUUAAACAGGCUACAGCAACAGCAAGGUGCUGAAGGUAAUGGAUCUACUCAUGAGAGAGCAGUUAGAGUUGGUAGAUUGCAGCGCCAGAAAGUUCGUGUCUCAAGGAACCGCAUUCUGGAUUCUGCUGCUAAAGUAAUGGAGAUGUAUUCUAGCCAAAAAGCUGUUCUUGAAGUUGAAUAUUUUGGUGAAGUUGGUACUGGCUUGGGUCCUACACUGGAGUUUUAUACCCUUUUAAGUCAUGAUCUUCAAAAAGUCGGACUUGGAAUGUGGAGGUCUGGUUCAUCAUCAACGUCAAAUGGACAUUCGAUGGAAGUUUGUGUAGAUAAUAAAUUAAGUGGCAGUGAUAAAGAUCUUGUCCGAGCACCUCUUGGAUUAUUCCCACGUCCCUGGCCACCACAUGCUGAUACUGUUAAUGGAGGUCAAUUCUGUAAGGUAAUUGAACAUUUCCGCUUGCUUGGACGUGUUAUGGCCAAAGCUCUUCAAGAUGGACGGCUUAUGGACCUUCCACUGUCUACUGCCUUCUAUAAGCUUGUUCUUGGCCAAGAGCUUGAUUUGUACGAUAUUCUUUCUUUUGACGCUGAAUUGGGGAAGACUUUGCAAGAGUUGCAGGCUCUUGUUAGUCGAAAGCAAUAUAUAGAAUCUAUGGAAGAUCAGAACCAAGACAAGUUUUAUGACGUGCAUUUCCAUGGGACACCAAUUGAGGAUCUAUGUUUAGAUUUCACACUUCCCGGCUAUCCUGAAUAUGUUUUUAAAGCAUGCGAUGAGAAUGUGGAUCUCAGUAACUUGGAGGAAUACAUUUCUUUGGUAGUUGAUGCUACUGUCAGGUCUGGAAUCAGGAAGCAAACGGAAGCUUUUAGAUCUGGCUUCAAUCAGGUUUUUGAAAUUUCAACUCUACAAAUAUUCUCUGCUACAGAGUUGGACUACUUGUUGUGUGGCCGUAGGGAGUUGUGGAAGCCCGAGACGUUAGUAGAUCACAUUAAAUUCGACCAUGGGUACACAGCCAAGAGUCCUCCCAUUAUUCACCUACUAGAGAUUAUGGGAGAGUUCACACCGGAGCAGCAACGAGCAUUCUGUCAGUUUGUCACUGGUGCUCCCCGGCUCCCUCCAGGUGGUCUUACUGGUCUGAAUCCUAAGUUGACAAUUGUGAGGAAGCAUUCAUCCACUGCUGGCAAUGCAGCACACAACACUAAUGCACCAUCAGAAUCUGCAGAUGAAGACCUACCUAGUGUGAUGACAUGUGCUAAUUACUUGAAACUUCCUCCCUAUUCAAGUAAGGAAAUCAUGUACAAGAAGUUACUCUAUGCCAUUAAUGAAGGUCAAGGAUCUUUUGAUUUGUCAUAAGCCAAUAGUGACAAAUGGACUUGUGUAUAAAACUGGAGAGAAUUGGUGCUUCUGGUCCUCGGUAAUGCCGCUGUUGACCAUCAUCUUCAAACUAACAAUAGCAAGCUGACAUUGAAGCCUUGUUCAAGAUUUCUGAGGGGUUAUUUCUGCUGCUGUGAAGCUUGUUCAAGAUUUAUGCAGAAGUUCUUUCUGCUGUAAAUUUUCGUAAAUACGUAGCAAGAUUCUUCAUUUUUGACUUACUGAGCUCGUGAAGUACAUAAGUGUAUGGUUCUUCCUUUUACUUCUCACAGAUUUGAAAUUAUAACUUUCCUUCGACAUUUCAGCUGUUUGUAAUACAUUGUAAUAAAUUCCAUUGAAGCUCACACCAACACACGGCCCUUGUCAAUUGUUGUUGUAAUAAUUGGCUAUUAGCGAUUGAACA